AAAAAUGUUGAAAACAAAAGUAUAAAAAAAAAUUAAACCAACAUAUAUUUAUCGAAUACCUACGAUAAAGGAUCAUUACACAAAUAUUGGCGACAAGAAGAAUGUAAUUUUUAACCGAACAAGAUAAGUCGGUAAUAAGUUUCUGUAAUGUAAUCGAUACACAGCUUAUCAUUAUUAUGAUUGUUAAUAUACUUGAAUAUAAUAUUUGCUUAAUAUAUUUAUCUAAUAAUUGUACAUAAUAAAUUAAGAUUGAAUUAACUGUCCUUCGCACGGAUCGGAAGAAUAUAGUUUCAAAACUGAGAAAACUGAAGUGUUUAUCAAUUUAAUAGCUAAUGUGUUAUCAUGCAAGGGUCAUUGCAAGGAAACUCUUAUUCCAUAAAAAUAAAGAUAGAAACUGAAAAAUGUGAAAAUGCAAACUUUUCUAUUAAUCUGUCUGAUUAUAACCACUAUUAUCUGUGACUAUAAACACUGUUUUGUAUUGUGACAUUAAACAUAUUAUUUUAUAGAAAAUAAAAAUAAAAUUAUUUAUAAUUACAAUUUCCCUGUCUCUUAUUUUAUUACACAUCUUAUUUACACAUUUAAGAGCAAUAACAAGAGAAUAUUAUUAAAUGUAAAAAUUUUAUAAUAUAUAACUUUUGAAUUUAAAAAUUACAAAUAUUUGUACAAAGAAUAUUAACAUGUUUAUGUUAUACAUAUUAGAAUUUAUGUGUAUAUAUAUAUAAAGCAUAUUUCUUUGAAUAAAAAGGAAGAUUUAUACACAAGCAUACAAACAUAAAUUUAUAUUCUUUUUUACUAAAAAUAUUUCUGUUCAAACAAUAUAAAAUAAAUAUUAAGAUAUAUAUUUCUUCAAAAAUGUCCUGGCCUAAUGUCAAAACAACAUCGAUGACAUUGAUAUAAUAAUAAUAUAAUAUUGUUAGAUUCAAUGUAAUGUAUUAUAACAAUUGAGUCAUUCGUUUAUUAAUAUUAGACAACAUGGCACAAAGUCACGAUACGGUCGCAGGUUCUUCUUGCAUGAUAUCCAAUAAAGAUCGCAAUGGAUUGAAGAUUUGUAAGACAGAUAUAUCAAUUGAAUUACUAACGAAAAUCUUUUGCUACUUUGAUCGUAGAACCCUACUGAAUUGUCAACUAGUAUGCAAGCAAUGGAAGAUGGUAAUACAGAAUUACGUUUGGUGGAAAAAGGCGGGAUUACUACUGAAUAAAUUAUUUUCGCGUCGUGAGGAUCUAGCUUGGCAAGUGUACUAUCUCAUAUACAAAAAAAAACCACCGUUCGAGAGGAAGAAUCUGUUGAAGAAUCAUUCCGGCGAGCAACGUUUUCAAUAUUGGAACUUUCUACAUUAUAGAAUUAGAACAUUACCAUAUAGUUGUUGGAAAAUCGAAAAUCCGCCCUCUGGUGUGCCGGAAUUACCGUUCAGCGAACCGGUAUUUGAAGGAAAUCCGUACUGUUUUGCGACUUUUCGCGAUUUCAAAAUCCAUUCAAAAUUAGAAGGACGUGACCCAAUUACUAAAAAAACACAGCAAAUUGAUGUAAUCUCCCAAGGAUUCGAUGCAUAUAUUCUGGAUGUUUUGCAACCACCUAUAAUGAUUAGUGAAUGGUAUAGUUGUCAAAAGAACUUCCCAGCGAUAUAUGAAUGCGAGGUUGAAUUGUUAAGCUAUCCGAAAACACGUUCACUAAACUUAAAUACUUUAGACAGUUUUCAAUUUACAGAUAUUAUUGAAGGAGAUAGAUUGGGCAAAUGGCAAAAUAUGUCACAUGUAUUUACAAACUAUGGAAGUGGUUUGAGAUACAUUAAGUUUAUGCACAAUGGAGCAUACCAUUUACCAAUUAAAGAACCAAUUUGUUAUGGUUGCAAAAUGGCUGGAGCAUGUGUACGUAUAAUGAUUCCUCAGGGUAUACAUACAGAUCAUCAUCAGUUCUUCUAA